AUGGUCGCCAAAGCUGCGAAGAAGCCAGUUCCAAAAGGGCCUACCAAAAAGCAACCUUUGAGGUUUACCAUUGAGUGUUCUGCUGAAGUCAUCGAAAAGGAUAUUAUCGACUUUGCUUUCUUCGAGAGGUAUCUGAGGGAACACAUUAAAGUGAAUGGCAAAGUCAAGAAUUUGGGCAAGAACGUGCACGUGGAGCGCGACAAGUCUACCAUACAUGUGACCUCGUCGAUUCCCUUCUCAAAGAGGUAUCUGAAGUACCUUACGAAGCGAUUUCUAAAGCUUCACAACCUUCGCGACUAUCUUCACGUCAUCGCCACAAGCAAGGUUGCCUAUCAGUUGAAGUUCUUCAACUUUGAUACAGAGGAGACUGAUGAUGAAGAAUAA